AUGUCACAACUAAUCUAUCGCAUCCGCCUACCACGCGCAUUUCGCCCUCCAGCUCAGAUCAAGGCAGAAGAGGGCACAAAUGGACACCCAGAGACGAAUCGCGGGAAAACAGCGCCUAAAGAGGCUGAGAAUGGCAACGAGAAAUCGCAACAGUCUGACAUGCAACCCGUGGGGUUCUGGCAUCCCGAUCUUCGACAAGUUCGCAACCGCGCAUUCGUGAAAUGGAUCAUUACGACAGCGUUCUUGAUGGCAUUCAUUCUGGCGAUACUAUCACUGUACUGGGCAGUGUUCUUCAAGGUCGUGGAUAGGCUGAGCCAUUUGUUGGUUUAUGUCGUGGAUAUGGAUGGUGCGGCGCCUUAUGACAACACCGGGAACGCGCCGUUCGUUGGACCGACUAUUACGCAGCUUGUACAACAGCAAUUAAGCAGCGGUAAACCGACGCUGGGAUGGGGUCUACGCCCUGGUUCAGAUUUCAACAAUGACCCGAUACAAGUCCGACAAGCUGUCUAUAAUUUCGAUGCCUGGGCCGCUAUUGUCAUCAACCCCAACGCAAGCGCGCUGUUGUACUCUGCCAUCGCCAACGGAAACGCGAGUUACGACCCUCUUGGGGCGUGUCAGUUGAUCUAUCAAGAUGCGCGAGACGACACAAAUUGGUUUGACUUUAUGCUUCCCAUCAUCAGCCAGUUUAUGACCCAAGCGCAAAGUAUGGUCGGACAGCAAUGGGCACAGAUGGUGAUGCAGAAUGCGAGCGACCCGGCCGUACUGUCAAACAUACAAAACGUACCUCAAGCAAUCAACCCGGCAAUUGGCUUUUCUGAGUUCAACCUGCGGCCUUUCUAUCCGUAUACUGGUAUUCCUGCCGUAUCCAUCGGACUCAUUUAUCUCAUCAUCAUCUCCUUCUUCAGCUUCUCUUUCUACAUGCCCAUCCACAUGCAAUACCUCAAGCCCGAGAACCACCCACCACUCAAGUUUCCCCAGCUCAUCAUCUGGCGCUGGUGCGCUACCAUAUCCGCCUAUUUCAUGCUCUCCCUCGCCUAUUCAUUCGUCUCCAUGGCUUUCCAGAUCAACUUCUGGCACACAAACUCCAUCACGAGCGAAACGCAAGCCACGAAUAUGAUGGAGGGCAACCCGAUCGCAUAUGGAAGCGGAACGUUCGUGGUAUACUGGAUGCUUAACUUCUGCGGUAUGAUUGCACUAGGGUUGGCAUGUGAGAAUGUGGCGAUGAUAGUGGGUAUGCCAUGGAUGGGACUGUUUUUGAUCUUCUGGGUCAUUACCAACGUUUCUACCUCUUUCUACGACAUUGAAAUUGCGCCUGGUUUUUACCGAUGGGGAUACGCCUGGCCUUUACACUCAAUUGUUGAAGGAAGUCGGUCGAUACUGUUCGAUUUACACUCGAGAAUAGGGUUGGAUUUCGGUAUCUUGAUUGCUUGGGGAGCAGUUAACACGCUGUUCUUCCCGUUCUGCUGCUGGUUCAUGAGAUGGAAGACACAACAUAAUAUCCAUGAGUACUGGCCUCUCGACUAA